AUGGGCGACGCUGCUGGGAAUGGAGGCAUGGUGCGCAUCCAGAAGGCGAUUGCGGAGCACCUGGGCGUGUACGUGGCUAGUGUGCAACUGGGUGACUCGGUGUCGGAAGAUGUGGAGAACAGUUUCUUCGUCACGAUGAACAAUCAAACGGACUGGUUCGCCAAAAUUGUGAGAGAGGACCCACGGUUGACGAAAGGAUUCAAUGCUGUUGGGUUUUCUCAGGGCAAUUUGCUGAUCCGCGCGUACAUCGAGCGCUUCAACGACCCACCAGCCCACAAUUUCAUAUCGUUUCACGGACCUCUCGCUGGGGUUGGAGGGUUGCCACGGUGCUCUCCGCUAAACUUUAUUUGCAAGGAAAUCGACAAGCUUAUUGGAGAAGCUGUGUAUACUCAACGAGUUCAAGAUCGCAUCGCUCAAGCCAACUACUUCCGGGAUCCUCUCCGCAUUGAAGCGUAUCUAAAGCACGCUCAAUUCCUUCCCGACCUCAACAACGAGAAGACGCCAAUCAACCAGACGUACAAGGACAACUUCACCAAGUUGCAGAGCCUCGUGCUCGUCCGCGCCAACAAGGACACGCAGGUUUUCCCGAAGGAGUCGGAAUGGUUCGGCAUGUACCAAGACGGCGACCCGUACAAGACGGUGCUAGGUUUCAACGAGACAAGGUGGUAUCAGGAAGAUCUGUUCGGCCUGCGAACAUUGGACAAGGCCGGCAAGGUGCACUUCCUCUCGACGGACGGAGAUCACUUGCGGUUCUCAGUCGAGUUUCUGCUUGGCGUGGUGGACAAGUACUUCCGGCCGCAAAUUGUGACCAGCUGAGCGGGAAUAUCUGGAUCGAAAGUAUGCAAUCAGCAAAUAACUGCACAGGUAAUGCAAUUGGUGCGAAUACAUUAUUUGUAUGUAAC